CUCUCUUUAGUUUCGCGUGUUUUUGGCGCAAUUUAUUGUUAUUUCCUUUUUUUUUCUCCCACGGUUUUAUUGACGUUCCGUGCUUCAUCAUCUUUAAUGUAUUUCGUUUGUAUGCUCACCGCUUUGGAUACCCGGUAAAAUAUCGGUUCUCCGUAGUUAGGUGCUACAACGAUAACAUUUCCCUUCGUUCCAAACGUACGCCGGCGUCGACUGGACAACUCGUGUUUGUUCACAAUAAUAUAAUUCUUAUCGGUGACUACGGAGAAAAUGGGCGACAAAGAAGGUGGUAAGUAUGCAAGCUUAGGCAAGUUGCAAAGAUUCUUAUUAUUGACAAUAUUUCAUUCUGAUUUUCUAGAUACGUUUGACGAGGCGGUUGAAGAACGAGUCAUUAAUGAAGAAUACAAGAUAUGGAAGAAGAAUACCCCAUUCUUGUACGACCUGGUCAUGACACAUGCCCUUGAAUGGCCAUCACUCACAGCUCAAUGGCUUCCAGACGUUACUCGGUAAUUGAUUUUCUCUCCACCAUACCUGUAGGUACUCUCUAUAGUAUAGACAGUAAUCUAUACAGUUAUCAGUAGGCCAAAAUCUCCCCAUUUAUGUAUUUCCUAGUUGAAAUGUCUAAAAUUGUAAUAAAUUAUAAAUUACGUACCUUACGCUCAAGUUAAGAAAAAAAAAUAGAAGGUAUGUUAUUCUGAUACUGUUGGUAAUUAAAUUGAAAAAUUAGAAGGCAGAUUAGUAAUUUAUAAUUUAAAUAUAUUAUUUAUUUUAAAUAAUAUGCAUGUUGUAUUCUGAUGCCCUAUACAACCAUGUCUACAAACCUGUUGGUAGUGAUUGUGUAGGACCAGGCCACACAAUAAUUAAUUUUGAUGAAACUGGUAGAAUUGGGCUUAAACUUAAUGUGUAAUUUAGGCUGAACUGAACUAAAAAUUCAAUAAAUUCCCUUUAAUCAUUCCGAUUUUUUGUUUACUUGUCUCUCUCUCUUGGGUUUAUUGGGCCUUUAGGACCAUACCGUCUCAUAGCCAAGCUUCCAACCAUCUCUGUCUAACGUUAGAUUCCUCCAGUUAGGCCCUCCUCCCAAACAUUUCACAUCUUUAUUUAUAACAUCUUCCCAUUUCAUUUGUGGUCUUCCCAUCAGUCUUUUCCUCUACUGGAUUCAGUUCCAUAACUGCACGUAUCUGGCAUAUUUUGGUUUCUACAAGCAUGUUUCCAGUCCAUUGUACUCUUCCCCUUCUGAUGACUUUAAUAUGUCCAAAUCGCUAAACAAUAUUUCCAGCUCUGCAUUUUUCUUCUCCACUCUCCCGUUACCCUUUCCUCGACUGGACCAUAAUUCUCCAUAAAACUUUUCUUUCAAAAACAGAAAAUUUGUUUGUUUACUAGUUAUUUUAUUUACUUGUAGUGAAUUAAAAUCUUAAGCAAACAAAACAGAAAUAUAGAUAGUUGUUUGUUAUCGCUCUCCUAAUAUAAAUUUAUUGGCCCAUUACUCUUAAAUAAAAAAUAAUGGAGAUUACAUUACAUAAAAAUGGAUUUUUGGUGGAAUAUGUCGGGCAACCAAUAUAUGUUUUAUAAUUGGUGUACCUGAAUAAUUGGAGAAAACAUACAAAAAUAUAUGAGACCAGGAUCAAUAAUUUUGUCAAAUUGUUAGAAAGCUUACACAAAUUUGCAGCUAGUAAGAUUCCAACAUAAAACUGUUAACCACACCUAUAGUUUUGUUGAUUCAGACAGUCAUACACCCAAAACAUAAAGAGGUUGUGGGGUUCUGCUAAAUAGGGAAAUACAAAGCACAAUGGAAAUAAAAGAAAUUUUGUGGAAUCAUACUUUGCAGAAUUCAUAGAGAACAAGAUUUGUUUGAAACUCUUAAAAGAUAUUUCUGAAUUCAGCCUCCAUUCCAAUUUAAAAUAAUUUUUUACUUUAUCAUAUAAUAUCAGUUUUACUAUCAUAAUAUAAAAUUUAAUUAAUUUAAUAAUACAUUUUUUUACAAAGUCUUUGGCAGGCAUUCUUAUAGUAUUACUCAUUUAAUGUUAAAAGCGACGCACCAGCAAAAUCAAAAUUAGGAACAUACUUAUAGUAAGGAAUCUAUUGAUUUUAAUAUGAUAUAUGCUUUUUUUUUCUUCCUAUCAACUUUUGGAAAAGAAAUUUUACUCUGAUGUACAGUAUUUUUUCUGAAAGAAAAUUUUGUCUACUUAGUGCAUUCUCUUUAGAUUAUUUUUUGAUUUUCCAAUUAGUUUUUCCCAAUAAUUGGAAAAAACCAAAAAAUUUAUGUUUACAGCAACAUGUGUUGUCCCGGUUUAACUAUUUUAAUAUUUACAUAUUUACAACUUGUGUUUUCUACUAGAAAUAUUGCACUAAUCUAAAAGUUAUAACAGAUCAAUUUUGUUACCUUAUAAUACAUGUUUUUAUACAACAUAACUUAUUCUUAUUAUAUACUUUAUUAACAUCAAUUUUAUCGUUAAUUACUCAUUAUUUUGAAAAGUAUUGACGAUUUUUGAUUUUUUUUUUCUACUUUUAAGUUCGGGUCAGAGGAGAGUAGCAAUGCAUUAUUAAAAUGCCGCGCACUAUGCCAACACAAAUUAUAUAUCUACUACUUUACCUCGACCCAUAAUUAAAAAUGAAAUAUCUCGUUGACGAAUUGACAGAAUAAAAAUGUCAACACCAAAAUUUAUUUUAACAAAUGAAUACUUCAUUUAUUUCUGGGAUUUUGAAUAUAGGUUGCUAUAAGUUUGGAACAUAUAACACAGUAAAGUGUAAAACACAUAUGAAUGUAUAAAACUAUUAGUUGUAUGCAUUUUAUACUGUACAAUUUUUUUUUAUUUUUGGCUACAACUGAACAAGUUUUUGUCUGGUAAAAUAAUUGUCAAUUGAAUUUCAUCAUCAUUUUAUGUAUCUUAUAUUAAUUCCCUAAGAUGUAUGUGAUAAUUUGUUUUACUAAUUACUAAGUUUAUCUUUAUUCUUUAUUAAUAACUACAUGAAUAUUUAUACAAUACCAAAAAAUAAUUUGUUUUGUUUUUAUUUUAUUCUAAAUUUAAGAAAAUUCACCAAGUUAAUGUGAUUUGUUAUAAUAAACUUCAAAAAAAAAAAAAAUAAUAAUAAUAAUGUCUUAGUCGUUAUAAAGUUGUAUAGAUUUUAGUUUUAUAUACGUUUUAAACACGUAUAUUACCAACUCUGGGUUUUUACUUGAAAACCAAAAAUAGGUAGUGUUUUACAUCCAAAAAAUUAUAUUAAUGUAAAAUUGUUGUAGCUACUUGUUUCUUAAAUGUUCUAUAAAACGGAUUCUCAAAAAAGUUGAUACUUUCCAAGAUAAUGACUGUUUAACGGUAUAAGAAUCACCCAGUAUAAUCACUAUCCACAAAAGUCGUUUUUAAAUAUCUAUAGUAUAAGAUGAUGUAAUAAUACUGAUUGAAUUCAUAAAUAUUGGGAAAAACAAAAACGGGAUAUUUUUUUUCAGAUUACAGCACAAUUUCAUCACUUAAAAUUUUUUUACGCUACAAGGAAUAAAUAUAACAAAAAAUCAGUUUUUCACCUAGAAAACUAGAAUUUUUCAAUCUGGUUCGUGAGACAACAAUUUGUUUUUUGGUAGUAUUUGUAAUAAUCGAGAAAAAAUGAAAACUGAUAGAUUUACAGCGGCGCAAGGAUUUCUUUAUUUGAAAUUUUUACGGCGACCCGUGUACUCAGCGAGCACCGUAACUGCGUAUGUUUGCCGGGGUAAAACACGAUUGCGCACGUUCGUUAUCGGCGAGACGUCUUUUUAAGCUGCACGAUUGCAUGUUACUUUGUCUGAGUUUCGGUUACACGAGUGAACCAGAAGUAAUGCAUAAAUACUUUCCGUGAACGACGAUGGUUUAUCAACAUCGAACGCAUCUCAGAGCCCCCCCCCCCAUCCGCCGGUACACGUGACCGAUAUUUCAUCGUACGGUCUAUAGAUUCGUAUCGUGUAAAAAAUAUAAUACCUAAAUUACACGGUCGGUAUUUGAACCGUGCGCCGGUAUAAUAGUAUGUCGUAUGUUGUGCGUUUUGCAGUAAAUAAAAAUGUAUUUUUCCGAGCGGCUCCUUUUCAAAUGCCUGUCGGUACGAUUACUGAAAUUGCUCGUCCGGAAAUUCAAUUUGAUUUCGACGGCGACUGGGCCCCAGCAGAACAUCCGUCCGCCGAACACGUGGCCGAUACUGAAAACAACUUUUCGCGUUCCGAAACGUUGUUUCGUUAUCGUCGGUUUAUUUACACGCGCGAACUCGGUAAUAUUCAAGCGCGUCCGACCCGUUUUCCAGACGUCGUGCGGGGCGCGUCUUAUCGUACGACGUUAGUCGCGAUUGCGCGGACAGCUCGGUUUAUGACCGUGUUAUCUACAGCGCCGUGCGAUAAUGUCAUUUUCGCGCGAUGAAAUAUCGGUCACGUGUGCACCGGCAGGAAAUUCCGUUAUUUCAAAUACAUGGGGGCAUUUUCUGCGCUUCGCGGGGGGGCCCGUCGUCGAUCGUCGCGCGCUCCGUGUACGCGUUUUAUCGACGUCCGGCAAUAUCGAAAAUUCCAUUCCAACCUGUUAAAUCCGAGAAUAAGGAAAAUAGUUUUGGUUUUUUCUAAAAAAAAAAAAAAAAAUAUCCUAAAUAAACAAGACCGAUCGUAUUGAUUUGCUACAACCGGGGGAGAGAGAGAGAAAAUUGGGCGAAUUAUCCUAUUAUGAAUGACGAUGGGCGUAAAAUCCGUACAAAUGUAUUGCUGCAUGCGAUAUUCGAAAGUAUAACCUUACAGAUGUCCAGAAAUUAAAAUGUUAAUUUGUUAAAACUACGAUUUAAUUGCAAUUAUUUUAUUACCUUGUAGUGAUAUUAUCCACGGUUCGGAUAAAAUUAUUGAGUAUAUACUGUACUAUAAAUAAUAAUAGUAUGUACAUUUGACAGCACGCAAAUUCGUACGCGUUCGUAUUGGUUUCCUUUUCUUUAUUUUUUUUUUUUUUGCUCGAGUAUAUUCUUUAAUCUAUCGAUAACACGCACGCAACCGUGUUGUCAAAAAGAACAAACGUACGGCAAUGGUGUUCUGUCCGUUUGCCGAGUAUUUUGAAUUCUAUGUUGCUGCUUCGCGACUCGUACGUUGGUGUACGAUCUUCGUGCACCCGCCGAUCACCGUGUAUACUUAAUUCGUCAUCGCCAACACUCAAAACGGCUAGUGGAUUUGCCUUUUCUAAACGCAGUGAAACAUUUGAGUCGUUUUUUUUUUUUUAUAUAAAUCAAAUUUUGACGACAAUCGUAAAUAUUACGGCCUUUCAAAACCGUACUUCGCUCCGAAUCGUUUUACGUUAGCAAUGGUUUAUUGUGUUGGUUACACAUACAAAAUUAAAGAACGCCGCGUAUCCCAACUGCCCAUCUGCGACAGUGACGACAUACCUGUUCCCAGUAUCGGCUCUUUUUUUUUUUUUUCAAAUCUUAGAAUUUUCUACAAUUUAAAAAGAAAACAUUGUUCAAGUCGUACGUGUUCCGACCGAUUAUUUAUAACUUAAUUACGACAUCUGGUUUCAUAAUUCAAAAUACGGUAUAUUAUCGUAGGAACGAGUAUUAUAAAUUAUUAUAUUCCGAACAAACAGAAAAAAUAUUCAUAGACUAUAUCGAAAAUCACUCGUUUCUGGUGCGGUACCCGAUGAUAUUGCGUACGGGGAGUAUGGUUUUUGAAUACCGCCGCUCUAGUCUCGACUACGCGAUUAUUAUUAAAGAUCAACAAACUGAUCAUCUAGACGGAUUUGAUUUUAUUACACGGGUCCCGAUAAUUUAAUAAGCCCUAAUACUUCUCGAGUCUCCGAAACCUCAAUAAACGCGCUCCGAAAUAUUUUGCCGCCAACGGUUUUAAGCCGAUCCCACACGACUCUCGUACUUGACGAAUGUACUUGCGAAGUUUGUACGAUAUUUGCAAUUAUUAUGUAUGUACAUCAAUGUUGACAAUGGCGCCGCGGCAGUUUUAAGAAAUGAUGCGUUUCUUUAUUAUUUUUCAUAAAUUAAAAACCACAAAGUCUUAAGGCUAAUAGCCAAUACUCGAACUUAAUACAGUCGAAUCAGUCUUAAUGUAAAAAUUUAGUCUUUUAUUCUUACACAUAGUUUUAAAAUGACAAUCUUUAAACAUUAGUAACUACAAAUACUCGCAUUAGACAAAUAAAACAAAACAAAUUGAUAGGUGUCCAAGUUCUACCUAUAGAAUAAACUUAUUAAACCCAUUGGAAUUAGAUCAUUAGUUUAAAUUUAAUAAUUCUUACAUAAAUAUCUUUUUCCAGUCCUGAAGGUAAAGAGUAUUCUAUCCACCGUUUAAUACUUGGGACUCACACGUCAGAUGAACAAAAUCAUUUAUUAAUAGCUAGUGUUCAAUUACCAAAUGAAGAUGCACAAUUUGAUUCUUCUCAUUAUGAUGGUGAAAAACAAGGUAUGUAAAUAAAAAAAAAGUACAAAUGGCUAUUAUUACGAUUUCUAAUUUAAUUUAAUUUAAUUAUUUAUAGAGUAUGGUGGUUUUGGUUCUGUUAGUGGUAAAAUUGAAAUUGAAAUUAAAAUUAACCACGAGGGCGAGGUGAACCGAGCUCGUUAUAUGCCUCAAAAUCCUUGUGUUAUCGCUACAAAAACUCCAUCAAGUGAUGUAUUAGUAUUCGAUUAUACCAAACAUCCUUCAAAACCUGAUCCAAAUGGAGAAUGCCAACCAGAUUUAAGGUACAGUGGAAAUAUUUUUAACGAAAAAUUUACUUAAUAAUGGUUGGUUUGCUUUAUAAUCUAUAUAUUAGUUCUCUUUUUUAACCUUCUCUAUAAUGAAAGAAAUUUCUUAGUCCUUUAGGAUUCACUAUUAAGAGUACUGUGUAUUAAAAUUUUAUUGCAUCUGUCUAAAAUAAUAUUUGAAGGUAUUCUUAUAUCGUUUAAAAAUAGAUUAAGAGGUCAUCAAAAAGAAGGAUAUGGAUUAUCAUGGAAUCCUAAUUUAAAUGGAUAUUUGUUAAGUGCAUCUGACGAUCAUACUAUAUGUUUAUGGGAUAUUAAUGCUACUCCUAAAGAACAUAGAGUUGUAGAAGCCAAGACUAUAUUUACUGGUCAUACAGCUGUUGUUGAGGUACUUAACAAUCUUCUAUUUUAUUAUGUACAAUAAACCCAUUUACCCAAUAUAAUUUUGUUUAGGAUGUUGCUUGGCAUUUAUUACAUGAAUCUUUAUUCGGGUCUGUUGCUGAUGAUCAAAAACUUAUGAUUUGGGAUACACGUGCUAACAAUACAAGUAAACCUUCACACACUGUUGAUGCUCACACUGCUGAAGUUAACUGUCUAUCAUUUAAUCCAUAUUCAGAAUUUAUUUUGGCUACUGGAAGUGCUGAUAAAGUAAGAUACAUUUUUUUAAAACAAACUGUUCUAUAUCAAUGUAUUUAUUUUGGUUAUUAUAUUUUCUUGUUAGACUGUAGCUUUAUGGGAUUUAAGAAAUCUAAAAUUGAAGUUACACUCGUUUGAAUCGCACAAAGAUGAAAUAUUCCAAGUACAGUGGUCACCACAUAAUGAGACGAUAUUAGCAUCUAGUGGUACAGAUAGACGUUUACAUGUUUGGGAUUUGAGUAAAAUUGGUGAAGAACAGUCACCUGAAGAUGCUGAUGAUGGUCCACCUGAACUUUUGGUAAAAUUUCUAUUAUAAUAUUGGAAACUUAAAUCACAUUAAAUGUAUAACAUUGCGAUAAUUAUUAAAUUUCUAGUUCAUCCACGGUGGCCAUACUGCCAAGAUAUCUGACUUUUCAUGGAAUCCAAAUGAACCAUGGGUUAUAUGUUCAGUAUCUGAGGAUAACAUUAUGCAGGUAAUGAUGAAUUUUAUUAUAUACGAUUAAUGUCAUAUAGAUAUAUUUUAUUUUUAUUUAUUUAACUAUAGGUUUGGCAAAUGGCUGAAAAUAUUUAUAAUGAUGAAGAACCAGACGCUAGCAGCCCUGAAGUUGAUGCACCCGUUCCUUAAAUUUCCUCUAUUUAUAUUUGAUUUAAACAUUAUUCUAAGAAUAUAUUGUUUUUUUUUUUUUUUCUAUGAAUAAGUUAUAAGUAUCUAAAAUGUAAAUAUAAGCACCAACAAUCAAUCUAAUUAUUUUCACUACCCAUUCAUUCUUUUAAUUUGUAAAAUAUAUCUUAUACAAUUGGAUUCUUUAUAGAUUAUUUCAUAAUAUUAUUGUAAUUUAGAUGAUACCGUUUAAUUAUCUAUUGAACUAAAUUGAAUAUUUUUAUAUCUUAUUUUUUUUUAAAUAUGCAUGUGAUUUUGAAAUAAACUCAAAAUGGUAAUGUACUCGGAAAAAGUAUUAAUUUUUAAUUGUACUACAAGUGAAAAAAAAUAUAACAGAACAAUGAAGUUUUUUUUAAGUACGCAUGCGAAAUUAAUAUUAAUAUAAUCUAUGACAAUUUAUAAGUCUUAAUUUUAUAAAAAAAAAUAUAUAUAUAUAUAUAUGUUUUUAAUACAUACAUUAAUUCAUUUUAAACGGAGCUAAGCUAAAAAUUAUCACAAUCUUUUCAUCAUUACAAUCAUAAAUGUUAACAAAGAAAAUAUUCUUGUGGAAUAUAUUUAUCCCACAAGAUUUUUUUCCGAUUUAGGAACAAAAAAAAAAAAAAAAAUAUACAAAUUUAUAUAAUGGUUUUAAAAAAAAAAAAAACUAAGAUUAAACUUAACAUAAUACAUCUUAAAAUUAAUUUGUUCAUUUAUUUAGAUCUUAUGUUUUUCGGACAUUGUGCGUCUAUUACAAUAAAGAUGCAGAUGAAUGCAAAAUAAUAAUAUUACAAAUUGGAAGAUCAAAUAAACAAGAUGAAUAUUUAAAUUAAUUGAGGUUGAUGCCUCAUUGGUCAAAAACUGAAGAAAAAAAAAAUUAAAUUAAAUUAUGUAGUAUAAGAAAAUAGGUAAAAAUAAUUUUAAAUGAGACUGGGGAUAAUAAACUAUUAUUCAAUGUCAUAAGUUAUUUUUGUACUAUUUUCUUAAAAAUAAUAAUACUAGUAAAAGAAACUGAUUUCUAUUUAAUGUCAAUUUUUACCACUUUAUAUAUCACUAAGGUAUCUAAUGUACAAUAAUAUCUUUUGGAAAAAGAAAACAAUUUUGAAGUCAAUUUUUGAAGAACAAGGUGAUUCUGUUAACAAACACUAAAACAAAAACACAUUUUACUAAAGUUAAAAAAGUAAUGAAAUACAUAAAAAUAUUUA